CCCCACCCUUCUACCACCUCCCACCACCAUCCCACCUUUUAAAAAAGAGGUUAUUAACAUUUUCACAAAAAUAAUAAACAGUUACACUUAAACAAUUUCACGUUUUUUUUGUGACCAAAUGAGGUGUUUCGAUUCUCUGUUAGUCGCCCAAGCCUAAAACCACUUCAAGAGACAGUUUCAGUGCCUUUAUACCGCUUCCGUCAAUGACAGCUGUGCUAGGCGGUACCUUACCCCAAUAAACCGAUUUUCCACACCACAUCCUUGCCAUUUUGAUGAAUUAUGACUAGAAACCUUUAAAAGAAGCCUUAAAUAAACAGCAAUUAUGUCAAAGAAUAAUUUAAUAGGUUCAAGAAGUAUAUCUCCAGCUAGUUUUAACUCCCUCAGGUCAGACUCUGAGAAGUCAUUUGAAAAUGGUUUGGAUGAAGCCCUAAAAUCCAAGAAUAGACCUGCCUCCACAAAUAGGACCUCUAGGGCUAAAAGAGUCAGGUUUUUCCACAAUGGCAAUAAAUUUUUCACUGGAGCUGUGAUACCUGUAGCCCCAGAGAGGUAUCGAUCCUUUGAUAGUCUUACGAAUGAGUUAACAACUAUCAUAGGAAGAAGUGUCACUCUUCCAAAUGGAGUUAGAAAUAUUUAUUCAAUGGAAGGCAAAAAGAUUUUAAGUAUAGAAGAUCUGGAAGAUGGUAAAGAAUAUGUGGUCAGCGGUAAAGGAGAGGCAUUUAAAAAAAUAGAAUAUUCAAAAACAGAUACUCUUAAGUCUAAAAAAGUAAAUAGGAAUAAUAGUUGUAUAAACACCCCUCCCACACCUAAAAUCACUCCACCUGAUUGCGUACGACCUCGGAUAGUUACCAUUAUUAAGAAUGGAAUUAAACCUAGGAAGAUUCUUAGGAUUUUGCUCAACAAAAGAAAUUCAUCGAGUUUUGAGUCAGUUUUAAGCGCCUUUUCAGAAAUAGCUCAGUUAGCUGUUAGGAAAACCUAUACAAUUUCAGGGAAACAGGUAACAUGUUUACAACACCUAUUCGAAUCCGAAGAUGUCUUCUUUAUUUAUGGUAACGAGAAACACUGUCCUGAUGACUUGGAGUUAGAUUUUGAAGAGACAAAAACUAUUCAACAGUUUAGGCGGACACCAGGCCUUCGAAAUGGAACGGGUCCAAAACCGAAGAUGCCUAAAAAGGAGAAGAAUAAGACUUUUGUAUCAGAGGAAAAUCUUUUGAGGAAACUGAGUUUAGAUAAUAACAUUAGUUUGCCUUCGGGAAUGAAGGGAAAGUAUAGCGUUGGCAGAAUGAUUGGAGAUGGAAACUUUGCAGUAGUGCGACUAUGCAAACAUACAAUUACCGAAAAAGAAUAUGCAUUGAAAAUUAUUGAUAAAUCUAAGUGUAAAGGAAAGAAGGAUAUGAUUGAAAAUGAAGUAAAAAUUUUAAGAAUGGUAAGCCAUCCGAAUAUAAUCUCUUUAAUAGAGGAUCAUGACACCAAAAGUAUGUUAUAUCUAGUCUGUGAAUAUGUUGCAGGAGGUGAUCUGUUCGAUGUAAUAACAGUUGCUCAGAAAUUCUCAGAAGAGCAAGCCGCUUUGAUGAUUAAACACCUGGUAUCUGCACUGGCAUAUUUACACAAUUUAAAUGUAGUUCAUAGAGAUAUAAAACCUGAAAAUCUUCUAGUUGAAAUGGACAAUGGUAGAGUGAAAUGCCUGAAAUUGGGUGAUUUUGGUUUAGCUUGCGAAGUAAACGGUCCCUUGUUUACUGUUUGUGGAACGCCUACGUAUGUAGCUCCUGAAAUUUUGGAAGAAAGUGGUUAUGGGUUGAAGAUUGAUGUUUGGGCAGCAGGUGUGAUUUUAUACAUUUUACUUUGUGGCUAUCCACCAUUUGCGAGUCAGGAUAAUGAUCAGGAAAAGUUAUUCGAUUGCAUCCUUUCUGGUCAGUAUGACUUCCCGGACGAAUUCUGGCAAGACGUAUCCUACCCGGCGAAAGAGUUGAUUCAAAACAUGCUUCAACUCCAACCAGAGCUCCGUUUUUCAGCCGAAGACGUCUUGGAUCAUCCGUGGCUGCAGCUAGCUAAUUAGAAUGACUAUAUAAAAAAAAGAUGGUCUGAUAAGCGAAUAGUGGCUUGAAACCAGUGAUCUUAGUGUAUAGAAAUCUGCCACCUCUAGAGAAAAAUCCGCCCAAAAGCUUGCUUGAACACAUUCUUUCAUAGAAGGAGUGUGUAACAUAAAAUGUUUGGCGUAUUUAAUCGGUAGUAGAGAAAAAAAAUUCUUAGGGGCUGGUAACAGUCGUUAUCACUCAAUAUCACUAUGUAGGCUGUUAAAAUGGGCACUAAACUUCCAACUAAUCAAAAUAAAUGAAUACUAACUUAAUGAUGUUUUUGUAAGAUGCACACGAAAAAAGAUGUUUUUAUUUUCACAUAAAUGAUAUAUACAUCUGGCCUUAAAUAGUAAUAAAAUCUCUAAUAGAAAAAGGAAAAGUGAAAAAGGAUAGUCGCAACGAAUAUAUAAUAAACUAUCUUGAAUAAAUGUGGCCAAAUGUGUAUACUUUUAAUGCAAUUAUUUUUUUUGGAAACAUGUUAUGUUACUUUGACAUUCAAGUUUAAGCGUUAGUUCUAGACUGGGUUCCAAUCUUAAAAUGACAUAUUGUCCUCUAAAAUGCUUCUCAAAUAUUGCAAACUAUACACAUCCGCAAUACGAAAUGUUCGUUUUUUUUUUUUAAAUGUGUGUUAUUUUAAGCUUUACUGGGCUUCACUGUACAUGCUUGUAUUUAAAAUUUAUUUGCAAAAAUUAAACUGUGGCAUUUUUCUACAAUAACGUGAUCAGCGCUCAACGUAAGUCAGCUAAUCUUUUUUUAAGGAUAGAGCUAAAAAAGUUAUUUUAUACUGGGUCUUAUUAAAAUGGUUUAAAGAACUAUUAAGAAAAUUCAGAAGUUUUAAUAUUUCGCAAAUAUUCUACAAUGUUCAUAAGAUAAUAUAAUAGUGAAGCUAUACUUAAAAUUUAAAGUCAAUCUACUGAGAGUUAAAGCCGCCAGAGCUAUAGUGCAAAGUAAUUUUUGGCAUACUUUUAAUUUGCACCCUAUAUCAAUAUAGAUUAAAAAAUGAGAAAAAAGAAUGCCCUUAAUAUGCAUACUAUCCAUAUAGGAUGCACACUAGCCAUAAUAGCGAUAAUAGGAAUUUUUAAAUAAUGAAAAGUCGCGAAAAUUUAUUUGAUGAAGUUUGAGGUUACCUCUUUUAUCACACAAUUAAACUGAAUCUAAAUAUUAUAAUUUUCCACCAUUUUAAGGACCUAUUUGACUAUCAGUAAUAAAAAUAAUUCUCUGAAACAUGUGAUCUUUCAGUUUAAUUUUUGCAUUAUUAUCUGUUCAAUCAAAGUCUCUCUAUAGCUUUUUUGUUUCUGUCCGUCUUUUGCGGUUGACAGUCUUUGGUGUGUAACCUGUUAGAUUGUAUUGUGGCUUUUUUUACGGUGUUUGAGUGAUAAUACUUAUUAGUUGAACAAAUUUAAGUAGCACUGUCAUUAUUUGCAUUUAAUUUACUACUUCUGUCCAAGUAUCGUAACAAAAUAUUGUUAAAACAUAUCAACAGCUAUUUUGUUAUCGUUUAAAAUUCAAUAAAAUUAAGGACAAAAUUUUCAUAAAAAAAGGAACUGAGUAAGCGCAUUUUACUAACCCAUUAUUUUAUUUAUAAUAUUUCUGUGAUUUUUAUUUUGUUGUACUAAUUUCGAUCAGUAAGUUCAUUUUUCAAAUACACCAACGUUAACUUACCUAAUGCAACCUAUUUAUAGAUUUAAGUUUCAUUGCUUACAUAUAGUUUGCUUCUAGGUUAUUAUAUGUUACAUUGCCAUUUUCACAUAACUAUUUUGUACAUUAUUGGCACUUUAAAAACUAAUAUACUUGGUAAAAUAUAAUAAAAAAAAAAGUAAGUAGGAAUAUUUAGUUUCAGAGUGCCAAAUUCAGUUUUAUUGUUUAUAUAAUUGUUUCAGCAUUAAUUUUAAGUUUAGCUUGAAAAGACUCGUAUUAGCAUUUAUAUUGUAAAACAUUUUAAUCAAUUCAAUUUCUACAUACGAAAAGAAUAGGCAUAAGAGUCAGUUAAUAUUUUCAUGUGUAGCGAAUCAUUGAAGAUACAUCGGGUUGUAUUUAUGGAGAGAAUUCCAGGAAGUGUAUUAAUUAACCUUAUAUUAAAAAUUAUCUUAUAUUUGAUAUCAAGAUAAUGAUUAUCGAAUUUUUUCCUUUUCAAUGUAAUUUAUCAGUUUAUUUAAAUUCCAUUUGACUCCCUUUUAUAAUUUAAAUUUUUUUGGGAGUAAAGAGCAUCGAAAGAAAAUAUAUAUUGAUCUCCCUUGAUAUCAGAUAUUAAGCGUCUUUUGGAGAAAAAAAUAGGAUGGAUUUUUUUGGGAUACUCUGUAUAAGCUUUUAUAUAUGAUAUACAGAGAUUUAAUUUACUAAAUUAUGGACAAUACGUGUUAAAAAAAAACCUCCAAUAUCUUUUUUAAUGUCUAUAGACAAAGUAACAAAAAUUUUAUAGAAAACAAACUAAUAAAGAAGAGUUUUGUGUAAAACCAAAAGUCGAUUGUAGUAAGUGUGAGUGUUGCGAAUGAAUGUGCUAUUAUUUAUUGUUGUGUGACGAAGGAAUUUGUAUAAAAACCAAUGUAAUUGAUCUUUAUUUCUUAAGUUUUUUUUAUAUUGUUGCUAUUAGAAUGUAAAUAAAUUUAAAAAAUA